AGGGGAAAGCGAUGAUGCUGCUGUAGGAAAAAGCAAUUAUGCUGUUGGUUUUUUUAUUAUUAAAAAAAAACAAAAACAGACUAUUUUUACGGAGGAAGAGAGCCGCCAUUAUUGGCUUCCAGUGGAGCAUUCUUCUUUGUAAAAUUUGUUAAAGGCCUUUUGUACUUUCUGAGCACACACGACAAGUCGCCAACCGCUGCCAGAUCUGCCUUUUCUUUUCCUUCCUGGGUACCUUGUGGACAUUAUCCACCUGCAUUUGAUCGUUCUCCAUUUUCCGUUCAUUUUAAAGGCCUCAGACUUUGGUUUUACUCCUUCUCAAGCCUCCAAUCACUACUGAUUACCCUACGAUACUGAUUCUUUCUUUUCAAAUUUUCCCUAAUUCGGCAAUUUAGUUGUCGAAGAUCGAAUUAAUCCUACUUUCUGUUUUUGACCGUGACGGUCGGUGGAGGGUUGGUUUAGGGUUUCCCUCCUAUUGGUUUUGGGCAAUCUUCCCGUGUACAGCUAGCGAACCACAAAAGGAAAAACAAAAAGAACAAAAGAAUAAAAAAUUCGCGUGACAAAUGGGUGAUUCCCUUCCUAUUUACCUCAACAUUGUGGCCUUUUUGUGUACUGCUGGAGCCAUUGCUUUGGCAAUUCUUCACAUCUACAGGCACCUUUUGAAUUACACCGAACCUAUUUUUCAGAGAUACAUCGUGCGCAUCAUCUUUAUGGUUCCGGUUUAUGCGUUGAUGUCUUUCUUGUCCCUUGUUCUACCACAGAGUUCAAUCUAUUUCAAUUCUAUCCGGGAAGUUUAUGAAGCUUGGGUCAUCUAUAAUUUUUUGUCUCUGUGCCUAGCAUGGGUUGGUGGUCCUGGAGCAGUUGUGCUCAGUUUGAGUGGUCGAGUUUUAAAGCCAUCUUGGUAUCUGAUGACAUGCUGCUUCCCUCCCAUGCCACUAGAUGGGCGUUUUAUACGGAGAUGCAAGCAAGGGUGUCUUCAAUUUGUCAUUCUGAAGCCCAUUUUAGUUGCUGUUACACUCAUAUUAUAUGCGAGAGGAAAAUAUAAAGAUGGAAAUUUUAGUCCCAGACAAGCAUAUCUAUAUCUUACUAUCAUCUACACAAUAUCAUACACAAUGGCUCUAUAUGCUUUGGUGUUGUUUUACAUGGCAUGCAAGGAUCUUCUUCAGCCAUUCAAUCCAGUUCCGAAGUUCAUCAUAAUAAAAUCUGUGGUUUUCUUAACCUAUUGGCAGGGUGUUCUGGUUUUUCUCGCUGCUAAGUCUGGAUUCAUAAAGGAUGCAGAAGCAGCUGCUCAAUUUCAAAACUUUAUUAUAUGUGUUGAGAUGCUUAUAGCUGCUGUGGGUCAUCUUUAUGCAUUUCCAUAUAAAGAGUAUGCUGGUGCAAAUAUUGGUGGGUCUCGUGGUUUGACAGGAAGCCUUGCACAUGCCUUGAAGUUAAAUGACUUCUAUCAUGAUACUGUUCACCAGUUUGCACCAACAUAUCAUGAUUAUGUAUUGUACAAUCAUAAUGAUGGUGAUGAGGGAACAAGAAAGUACCGGUCGAGGACCUUUGUGCCAACUGGGCCAGAGAUGGAUGCUGUGAGAAGAAACAAACUCAUGUUUGGAAACAAACUGGAUGACAUUCAGCUAUCCAGUCUCUCAUCGUCUGGUACAAGCACUCCCCAAAACCCUGGCUCUGUACCAGAUUCUGCACGUGGUGAUGCAAUAAAAUCAUCACUGCUUGUGGACCCCUCAAAUUCUUAUACAGUGCCAUAUGAUAUGUCACUUAUAGACAUGGAUUUAUCAAAUUACCCUCAAAAAGUUCCUGCAGCAAAAGAAACUGAGACUAGGUGACUAGCGUGUAGUAGUAUCCUUAAGACAGGUGAGAAGAAGCUAGCAUCCUUGGGGACAACGGGGGAGAGCAGAUGGAAGGUGAGGAGGGGGNAGGGGAGGGAAAGGUAGAGUGUCUGACAAUGACAUUAUUUCUGACUUUGGGAGAGCCUUCUAUUCAAAUUGUGUGCUGCAAUUAGUGUCUAAUUACUGAAGUGUUUGCUGGAGUCCUCAGUUCCCAGUAUUUUCUUUUUUGCCUGUAUUGGUUUCAAUCAUUGUAAAUUGUAGUCACUGCUCUUAGGUUUCACACUGGAACUGUGUGGCCCGUCUGUCAAUGGUUGUCUGAGUUUGUUGCUGUCUGCUCUGUAGAUACAAAGCACUUAGCUCAUAGUUGAAGGAUCUUAAUUUGAGUCAUGAAAUUUGGUUUCAUCUUUUA